AUGACUACCAAUUCGCGGAAACCCAGUCUGUUUGCUUUAAAAAUGCAAAAACGAAUAGAUCAACAAACGAAUUUGUCUCUUGAACCCGAACUCACCAAAACUUCUUUCGGAGAUACUAGUGUUGUACUGAGUGGUCCUGAAGCCAGUGAUAUACACAAAGAAAAUGUACAAAAACUUAUUAGUAUGAGCGACGAGGAGUUAUUAAAUGCAAAAAAUGAAUUGUUAAGUAGCAUGGAUGGAAAAUUAAUUGAAUUUUUAAAAUCUAAACGAAACAAUGACUGCACCCACGGAAAGUAUGAUCUGAAACCAAAGGACAGCGAUAGAGUAAAAUUGGUCAAUAACCAAAAUAAGAUAAAAGAAGAUAAAAUAAAAAAUUUAUCUUAUAUGAAAGAUCUAGUUAACAAUGGUCUAAAUAUGGAUGUAAUUGAAGAAGAGAAACUUGGAUGGACAGGUGAUGUGAAUGUUGAAAAUCAAAACAAAGUUGUUGAUGUUUAUGCUGCUCGUUUCGGUCUUGAUGGAAAACUGUUACCCUACAUAAUCGAAAACAAAACUACUGUUGACGGCUUACAUCAUCACGGCGAAGAACAACAUCGUCCUGGAUAUACUAUAGAUGAACUCUAUUCUUUUCUUCGCAAAAAUCAUGCUCCUCAAAGAAUAUUGGCCUUAGAUGUGUUGUCAAAACUUAUCAAUAAUGCUUGUUCCUAUGAUUCAGUUUUAGACAAACCUCUUUUAUGUUCUCUGAUGGAAUCUGGUAUGUUUGUACUGUUGAGAAUUGCAUUGGAUGACACUAACAUCGCAAUUAUUACAAAUGCAUUGAAAGCUAUAGGAAAUUUAUUUUCCAGAAAAUCUGACCGCACAAUGUUAACUGGUUUAUCUGGAUGUAAUUGUGACAUUGCUUUACCUGUUUACACAGUUCGAGAUGCAGAAAUCAAUCAAAAUGAAUUAGAUAAAACCUCUGAUUAUGAUCUGAUAGUAUUAGAUCUUGUACAAGGAGCACUGAGAACUGACUUAAUUUUAAGAUUACAGUAUAUUGUUUUCAAUAUGAAUAUAGGAUCUAGCAGUCUUUUAGACAUAACAGACAUUUUAACUGGCAUUGCUUCCAGAGGGGAAAAAUAUGCAUUUUUAGUUGUUGAGACAAAUUUGUACAAGCAUUUGUAUAGUUUAGUUUUUACCAACUUACAUUCUGAUGAUCUAUCAGAAACCUUUGUAUUCCUCACUCGUGUAAUCAGUAGUCAGUCAGUUAAAUGUGCUUUAAAACUAUUGGAAAUGAAAAUCUUAGAUUCUAUAUUUAAGUAUAUUAAUAAUCCGACAAAGACUCCGUUGCUACUAGAAUGUCUAUACUUGUGGCAGACAUUUUUUGAAUAUAAGUUGGCUGGUCAAACAAUUACCGAAGUAGCCAAUCUUGUAUUAAAGUUUGUUGAUCGCUCAGUUGGACUUACUGCAGAUUUAACAAAAACUGAUUUGUCUUUAAUGUCAGCAAGUUUAAGUCUUAUUGAUUCAGCCUUGAGAAAUUUUGGCAAAAUCUAUAUCGAUCCGGUGUAUCAGCUAACAGAAAUAAUUUUAGCCAGACUAUUAAGUAGCUCUGAUCUACCUAAUUUUGAAACCUCAAAACUAAUAGGUAACUGCUUCUCUGUUCUCAGUUCUAAGAACUUGAAAUUUGAUUCUGUAUCCUUGAAAGCAGUUGAAUAUUUAAAUAAACAUUUUGGAAAAAUAUGUGAAAUACUAUAUGAAAAAUCAUGGUUAAUGAGCGAUUAUGUGAACAAUAGUGCAAAAUGCUAUCCCAGUCUUGGGUUUAUAAAUAUAUCAUUAAAUGGAGGAGAACCUUUGUUCAUGUUAAUUGGACUUAUGAAAUUCUUAUGCAAUAAUCCCAGACAUUUUAAUAUCCCUAAACAGUUUUGGACAUAUUUAAAUAAACUAAUGAAAUCAUCUAUAGAUGUAUCACAUUGGUAUUGCAGAUACGAAAUAAUUUUUUUAAUUAACAUACUAAAAACUUUGACAAACAUUCAAUUUGAAGUAGUCUCAACCCACAAAAUUGCCAUAACACUUAUGUCAUUCAUACCUAAACAUUUGGCUGAAGAAUUGUAUUAUACUUUAAAAUUGUAUUUUAAUAGUAGUUAUGUAGAAAGUAUCAAGUACGAAAGCAAUUUUGAAAUUUUAAAAUCAUUUUAUGAGAUACUUAUACCCAAUAACAAAAGCACUCGUGCAAGUAUAUUAAUUACUGAACUGGAUCCUAUUUUACCAAAGGAUUGGUUGUUUUUACCAAUUUUGAAGAUUCAUGAGACUCCGUUUUUUAAAAGCUCAAAAGAAGGUGAAUCGCUUCUUAAAGAAUCAUUAGCUAAUGUAUUGUUUAUGGAAACACAUUAUCCAGAAGUUUGUGAACAAACUCCAUUGGCUGCGCGUUAUUGCCGUGUAGCUUGUACAUUCAUGUGUGGUCGUCGUGGUACAAUUUUUCAUGAGGUAAAAUCAAUAUUAAAUCAAAUUUGGCAUGUAUACGCAGCCCAAAACAACAAUUUGAAUUUUAAAGAUCCUAUAAUAGGAGUUGAAUCCUUUUACGACUUUUACAAAACACUAUGUGAACAUUAUGUAAGUGUAUCAUAUUCGGACACAGUGUUUGGGGCAUAUGUAUUGCUUCCCUUACAAAGAAAACACAGUGUUGAACUAAGAAAACUAGUUUGGUCAGAAAUUGAGUUGCCGCAGACCAUUAACAUUGACAAAGAGCAUCUAGAUCGAGUACCACUGCAUAAUUAUACUCAGCCUGUUGAGACUAAUAAAGAACUUCUAAAAAUGUAUACUCGAGUUAUGAGUUUAAGACGAAAAUUUAUUAUGUAUCAUAUUGCCAUAUCCCAUUUAAACCAAAUUUAG